AGAAAGAGGGAGAAGCGAUGCCGGUGGCGAGGCGAGAGACGUGCGAUGCCAGAGUGAUUGCUCAUGUGGACAUGGAUUGCUUCUACGUCCAAGUGGAACAGAGAAACCAACCAAAUCUAAGGGGCUUGCCCACUGCAGUUAUACAGUACAACUCCUUCAAAGGUGGGGCCCUCAUUGCUGUAAGCUAUGAGGCUCGCAAAUGUGGCGUCAAACGUUCAAUGAGGGGUGAUGAAGCUAAGGAAGCGUGCCCGCAAAUUCAAUUAGUCCAAGUCCCUGUGGCGCGUGGUAAAGCUAAUCUCAACUCAUAUAGGAAUGCAGGUUCAGAGGUUGUUUCUGUUCUUUCACAGAAGGGGCGUUGUGAGAGGGCUUCAAUUGAUGAGGUUUAUCUUGACCUCACUGAAGCUGCUGAAACUAUGUUGAUGGAAACUCCUCCCGAAAGCAUGCAAGACUUUGAGGAGGAAAUUCUCAAGUCGCAUGUUUUGGGCCUGGAAAUUGAGGAUGGAAGUGACAACAAAGAAGAAAUUAGGAAGUGGCUAUGUAGGACUGAUGCUAGUUACCAAGAUAAACUAUUAGCUUGCGGGGCUCUCAUUGUUGCUGACCUCAGGAUGCAGGUGCUGAAAGAGACAGAAUUCACAUGUUCUGCUGGUAUUGCUCAUAAUAAGAUGCUGGCUAAACUUGCUAGUGCUAUGAACAAACCUGCACAACAAACGGUUGUGCCACAUUCAUCUGUUGAAGGGUUGCUUGCAUCUUUGCCUAUAAAGAAAAUGAAACAUCUUGGGGGAAAGCUGGGGAGUUCCUUACAGAGUGAUCUUGGUGUCAACACUGUUGGUGAUCUGCUUCAGUUUUCAGAGGAGAAGCUACAACAAUGGUAUGGGAUCAAUACUGGUACUUGGUUGUGGAAUAUUGCAAGAGGAAUCAGUGGGGAAGAAGUUGAGGGGCGACUACUUCCUAAGAGCCAUGGUUCUGGCAAGACAUUUCCUGGGCCUCAGGCUUUGAAGACUAUUGAUUCUGUUCGGCACUGGCUUAAUGAACUGUGUGAAGAGCUGAAUGAACGCCUUCAUUCCGACCUGGAUCAAAAUAAACGGAUUGCUCACACGCUGACUCUGCAUGCUAGAGCAUAUAAGACAGGGGAUUCAGAUUCACAUAGAAAGUUCCCUUCUAAAUCUUGCCCUUUAAGAUAUGGGACUAGAAAGAUUCAAGAGGAUGCCCUAAUUUUAUUUCAAUCUGGGUUACGUGACUUUUUGGGGAUCUACAACUGUAAGGCUCAUGGAAGUGAAAAUAACAACUGGGGAGUAACAUCACUUUCUGUUUCUGCGAGUAAAAUUGUCUCCAUACCUUCUGGGACACAUUCAAUUGUUAAAUACUUUGGCGGGCCAGUUCCAUCCAGUUCUACAUCAAAUCAAUCACUAGAUAUUGUUGUUGAUGAAGCUGCACCAUCAUCGCCUUCAGGUGGUGAAAAUUGUUUGGGAUUGGUUCCCUAUGAGUUACAGCUUGAAUAUCCUGAAGAGACAGGAAUGAAGCAUUCAAAGGCUUGUUUAGAUCAACAGGAUACACACUGCAAUUUUUCCCAUAAAGGCUUGACUGAAGUUUCCUACCUCAUGUCACCCCCAGGAAGUGAAGACAGAAUGAUGCAUGAUAAGCCACGUAGAGAUUUGCCUGCAAAUGAUCCUAGGCUUGUACCGGGUACCUCUAGUUCAAAAACAGUUGGGAAGAAAAAGACAGUGGGAAAGAAUCUUCAAGGGAGUUGUUCUAUUGUACAAUUCUUUAAUAAUUACCAUACUUCCCAGUCUUCAUUGGGGCAGAAGAAUGUUACAAAUGCCCACGGUGUGAAAAUAUCAUCAUCACUUGGAUCUCAGUCUGCGAGUGAUAGUUAUUCAAGUUGUAAUCAAGUUGAGCUGCCUGCUGAGGACCCUCAUGACGAGAUUGAUGCAAACAACAGUGCAUCUAGCACAGCUAAUAUACCACGAGGAAGGCAAUCUUGGGGUUAUAACAUUGACGAGAUUGACCCCUCUAUCAUCGAUGAAUUGCCACCAGAAAUUCAGGAUGAGUUUAGAACCUGGCUUAGGCCACAUAAGCGGCCUAGUGUGGUUAAACGAGGUUCUAGUAUUACUCACUAUUUCUUACCUGACAAACGUAGAUAAAAUUAUUCUCGACUUUGGUCUACUGUGCAUAAUGUGCUAUAUUUUAGUAAUAUGCAAUGUAGCUGAUUAGUGAUUGGCUACUUGGUUGAGAUUUUUUAUGGAAUCAGCGUGACCUUAUAUGAGCUCUCACGUAGUGUAUGUAAAUAUGUAUAUUAUUAUUCUUUUCUGUCGAGUUUAACGUAAAUAUGCAUAAACGAGUAAGAGCAUUUGCUAUUUUUU